AUGAAGACCGUGAAGGGCCGCAAGCUGUCCUAUCACGGCGCGGGGGCCGCAAUUAUAUCCCGGGAACCGUCCAAUCAGGCCCGGGGGCGGGCGCGAUCCCACCUCGUGGACGUGAACCCGCGUUCCCCGCCGGCUCGGGCUCCUCUGCGCGGGGCUGGCACCCGCUUGGGGCUGCAGUGCCGAGUGGAGGACGCGUGGAGAGCCCGGAGCGGAGCCGCCAGAGGGGCAGAGGGUGGUAAGUGUGUCAGGUCGUUCCUGUCCCUGCUGACCCGGGUUACUGGGGGCUUUAUCCAGAGAGCGUCCCCUGGGGAAAAGCGUCUCAGGACAGAACUGUCCUUCUCCAUCAGGGACUCAGUGGUCUUUGAGGAUGUGGCUGUGGACUUCACCUUGGAGGAGUGGUCUUUGCUGGAUUCUGUGCAGAAGAACCUCUACAGAGAUGUGAUGCUGGUCUCAAAAUCCUGUGACAGAUUCUGUGAAAGCAGUGAAGGAAACCAACACAGAGACACGUGCAGCCACUGUCCCCAUCUUAAUUCCCGCAAGAAUAUUUCUACUGGAGUAAAACUCUAUGAAUGCACCAAGUGUGGAAAUGGCUUCAUACAUCUUUCUUCCCUUAAGAGGCAUGUCAGAUCUCACUGUGGGCAAAAACCAUAUCCAUGUCAGGAAUGCAAGCAGGCCUUCAUUUGUCCCACAAGCCUGAGAACUCACACUGGAGAGAAACCCUAUGGGUGUAAAUUAUGUGGUAAAACCUUUCUUUAUUUCUGCUCCCUCACUCAACGUAUCAGGAUUCACACUACAGAGGAAAACAAUGAAUGCAAGCAAUGUGGGAAAACCUUCCAUGAAUUCUCCAGUCUCACUAGACACAUGAGAACUCACACUGGGGAGAAGCCAUAUAAGUGCAAGGAAUGUGGGAACGCCUUCAUUUAUCCCUCAAUCUUUCAAAGACACAUGAUAACACACACUGAAGCCGUAUGAAUGCAAAUUAUGUGGAAGAGACUUUUACCAUUCUUCCUCACUCAACAUAGGAAGAUACACACUUCAGGGGGAAACCUAUGAAUGCAAGUGGUGCAGGCAAGCCUUCCGUCAGUUCUCCAGUUUUACUGGGCAUGUGCAAAUGCACACAGGAGAAAAGCCAUAUAAAUGUAAGGAAUGUGGAAAAGCCUUUAUCCUUCAGUCUUUCCAAGACACAUGAUAACACACACUGGAGAGAAGCCCUGUGAAUGUAAGUCAUGUGGGGAAAGUUUCUGGCAUCCCUACUCCCUCUCUCAACAUAUAAAGAGUCCCACAGGGGAGAAAACCUAUAAAUACAAGCAUUGCGGUACAGCCGUCCCAGAGAUCACCAGUCUUACCAGACACACGAGAACUCAUACUGGGGAGAAGCCACGUAAGUGUAAGGAACGUGGGAAAGCCUUCAGUUAUCCUUCAACCUUCCAAAGCCACCUGAUA